GAACCCCCAAGUUACCGCAUUCAACAAUAGUAUUUGGUCCAGAGAAAUCAUGGUCUGGGCAUCUCGCCAGUAGACUCUGAUGAGCCUGUUUUCGGGCCGACCGGACGCUCCUAAAAGGGGACCCCCUCGGUCCCAUUUCCUCCUUCUUUCCUCUCUCCCCAUCCUCUUUCCUACAACACAACCCCUCGUUUCUACAAAGACUCACUCGAACUUCAAACCUGCUUCAAAAUACAUUUGCUUAUUAUCAUAUAUCGGCACCCGAUCGUCUCAACGGAUUUGCCCCGGGCCACUUUUUCCGUUUCUGUCGAGUUCCCCACCCGCUAGUGUGUCGCACCGAUGGGCAUGCGGUCAAUACUUUUGCUCAUGCUAAUGUCGUGGGCCAAUGCCUCUUCAACUCCUCAAGUUUGCACUUUUGCUUCGCUCAGCGAUUGCAAUUCCUACUCGGGAUCCAACUGUACGGGGAUUGACCAGUUGCCCUCUGGUAUAGGAGGAACAUGUGCAAAGAAUGAUCCACCACGGCUUUUCUUGUCGAGUGAUAAAGUGUGCAGCACAUACCCAGAAUGCAAUGCGACGACACAGGCAACAUCCAGUGGAGAUCCGUUGACUAUCAAUGGCCAAGCAUACGUGGUUUCAGCGGGCACUACUCUCACUCAAUGUCCCAAUGAUGGGUGCACGCAAGUGUUGUCGGCAGGAAUGUCUCCGGGGAAAACAAAAGUAGGGGGAAGCAUCCAGACCUUGACAGCUACCUCCCUGACUGGGGUAUCAUAUGUUGUGGUGGGGCCUGAUGCGUAUAUUACCUCUGACAAUGGUGCAACAUUCUACAAGUCGACUUCCAACCCACCGUCUCUCAGCGGCUUCACAAUUGAUACAGGCAAAGAAAUCAUUUCAAGCACCGCUACUCAAUCCCAAGCUAGCUACAACUACGCUCCUUCAAACGCAGACGACUUUGUCCGGGACCAAAACACUUGCAAUUUCGCCAUUCGCUUCACUCAGGGAGGUUUCAGUACGUUCGCUGGGACCACCAUAUUGGUUUGGAGAGGAUCAAAUACUCAGUGGUUGGUCUCAAGUAGCGACUGCCCAAGUGCUCUGGCAAAUAGCAAUUGGAGCAGCCGCUAUGUGCAGACUUUUAGGGUCUUCAUCGACUCCAACAAUAACGGCAUAGCCUACCUGACCGACACGGGCAUUCUUUACAAAAUGACCGGUGGGUCGUGGACUUUGGUCACCGAUACGGCCGGCUGUCUGGCCAACGGCAGGACAUACUUUAAGAUCUCGGGUACCUACAAGGUAUACAACUCUGGGACUUGCCUCUUGGAUACCGCUUCCACCCUAACGGGGACUCCCGCAUACGACUUCACUUACGGCUCCCUUACCCUUUCGCCACAGCAGCCGACAUCAGCAAUCAGACUUGUCUCCAAAAUGGAACGACCUAUGGGAAGCUCAGUGGCACUGUGGCGAACCCCCACUCUGAACUUGUUCUCCUCCCCCUCGUGCGCUCCCAAUCCGACAGUCAAUGCCACCACUAUUCUCAGCGAUUUGAUCUCCACUUGUGACACUCUGAAUGCAGGCGACUACGCGAUCAGCGGGAAUGCGAUUGUAAAGUUUGUAAACUCCAGCUUCGCCUGCAGCAGCCCUGACUGCAUCGACAUUGGGGACUGUCAGACGGAUUCGUGUCUUUACCGUGAAGGUCAAAUGGCCGGCAAUGUGAGCUGCUCGGCAGGAGGUGGCAUCGUGAAGGGUAUGAUCUACGUCGAAGACCCACCUACCCCUGACCCAACAAGUACCCCUGACCCAACGUCUACCGCUAACCCAACAAGUACCGCUAACCCAACUGCCACACCUACUCCUCUAAUCACAACAAAACUCAGUGGAGGAAAAAUUGCAGCAGCUACCGUAACGCCAAUCGUAGGACUAUCGGCAGCUAUGGGUGCAAUGUUUUAUAUGAAAGCCGUUAAGGCGAAAGCUGUAAAGACUAAUACUAAACAGGAGGGAAAAAGUACUGAAGAGGAGGGCAAAAAUACUGAACGGGUGCCAGAGAUCAGUGAAACUCCUGUUUAAAAAGUAAUAAUAUGCGACUUUUUUUGCAAUACAGA